GACAGCCGCGCCAGGCGAAGAGAGCUGAGCCAGGCCAUCGCGGAGCUGGCGUCCAAGCGGCAGCUGUCGGGUGCCCUGGACGCCUUCAGGCAGAUGGAGGCGGAGGGCCUCGCGCCGGACACCAAGGCGUACGGGAGCCUCAUCAACGCCCAUGUCAACAGCGGCGAUGGCCAGGGGAGGCUCCCGCCCACAGGCAGGCGGUAG